AGACAUCCAAAAUGGACGAGUUUUAUAAGAAACAAGGAGCCAUUAUAGAGGUUCACUAAUCAUUGCAAACAAACAAAGAUGGAUCAUAUUAUCCGUUAUACAGACUGUAGUAACGUUGAAAAACCUACAAACGCGUUACUAUAAAUGUGCAACUCUGUAAGUAGAAUUCCUCUUGCUCUAAUUGUAACAUUUGCUUUCUUUCUUUUUCUACCAACAUUUGCUUUCUUUCUUUUUCUACCAUGGUAAUAUUCAAACUCCCAUUGUCUAUACUUCUCUUAUUUUUCCUAUUCAAUAUUUUCCUUUGUUCAGCUGAAAUACUAUACAUUCCAGUUACUAAAGAUGCAACAACCCUACAAUACAUUACAGAAGUAGGUCAAAGAACUCCUUUAGUCCCCAUAAAACUCUUAGUCCAUCUAGGUGGUAGAAGCUUAUGGGUGGACUGUGACAAAGGUUACAAAAGUUCUACAUACAAAUCAGCUGUAUGUAAUUCCACACAAUGCUCUUAUUCCAAGUCACUUUAUUGUGAUGACUGCCGAUUCAAACCUCAACUGCAGCCUGGAUGCAACAAUAAUACUUGCUUCAUUUGGGGUGAUAAUCCAUUGAUCGAUUGGUUUGACGAUAGCGCAGAAGUUGAUGAGGAUGUAUUGGCCAUUGGUUCUACUCCUGGUGUUCGUUUCACUUGGCCACGGUUUAUUUUUGGUUGCAUGCUUAGCCGCAAUAUGGUGAGAUCCUUCGCUAAAGGAGUCACAGGAGUUGCAGGUUUUGGGCGCGAAAGUCCAAUUUCCAUUCCCAAUCAACUUGCUUUAGACCCUAAAUUCACCAGGAAGUUUGGUAUAUGUUUGAGCUCAUCUACAAAAUCUCGUGGAGUCAUCUAUAUUGGUUCUGGCCCAUAUUAUGUUUACAAUCCUAAGAGGAUUGACAUCUCCAAUGAUCUUCUCUACACCAAACUAAUCGCAAAUAAUAAAAGGGGAUUUGUGGCAUCUGAAGAGUACUAUAUCCAAGUUUUAUCCAUUCGAAUCGCGGGACAAGAUGUUCCACUAAAUAAAACAUUGCUAUUUAUUAAUAAGAAAGAAGGAGAUGGUGGGACAAUGAUCAGCACAGCGAAACCAUUCACAAUUUUGCACACUAGCAUUUAUGAUGCUUUUAAAACUACUUUCAUAAAGGCGCUUUCAAAGAACGUGUCACUUGUAGAGCCUCCUACGAAACAAUUUGAUGUCUGCUUUAGUUCCAAAAAUAUUAGAAGCACCAACGUUGGACCAGAUGUUCCCGUGAUAGAUAUUGUCCUGCACAAGCCGAGUGCAUUUUGGAAAAUUUAUGGGACUAAUUCAGUGGUACAAGUUAGUAAGGAUGUUGUGUGUUUAGCAUUUGUGGGACAAGACCAAACAAGGGAACCAUCUAUUGUAAUUGGAGGACAUCAAUUGGAAGAGAACCUCUUGGUAUUUGACCUUCCAAGAAAGAAAAUAGGUUUCAGCUCCUCACUCAAGCUUCAACAAACAUCAUGUUCUAAGUACGAUAAUACCAUUAUAGCCUAAGUACUGUUCUCGUUUUUGCCCUCUAUUUUACAUAAUUUCCUAUUCCAGUAAUAAAUUAGAUGGUCGGUGCCUGUGCAUGCACAUGUGUACGCCUUGUAUCAUUUUAUGUACUUAGCCCCUUUAUUCUACAUAAUUUCCUAUUUCAA